ACUUUCUAUGGACAAUCCUGAGUCCUCUGAUGGUAAAGUCAUCCAGUGAGGUGAUGUCAUCUCACACUCAGAAGCUUGUGCAGGCUUUGGGAGAGUCUCUAUUCAUCUCUAGGAAAUUCGUGGACUUGGAAAAGAAGGUGGCGACAUCUGAGCCUCUAAUCAAGUCUUUAUCCACUGAGAGUGAGACAUUCAAGAAUAAGGAUGCCAUCCUCGUUGCCGAAGCUAAGAAUGACAAGGGGCGUGUGGCAACCUUGGAGAAAAGCCUACAAGUGGAGAAGGACUUCUGCAAGCUGAAGGACAAGCAGAUUGGUGACCUGGAGUUGAAGCUACAGAAAUUUGGGGCCACGGUGGUACAAGAUUUUAAAGACUUUGACAAGUACUCUGACAAAUUAUACAAGUACUAUUUGGAGGGCUUUGAUCUUCUCGUAAAGUGGAUGGCAAAGCAUUAAUCUGGCUUGGAUCUUUCUGGCUUGGCUAUUGAGGACAUUGAAAAAGAGCUUAUGUCUGAUAAUCCUUUUGAGGCUACAGCGGAGAAUGUGACAAAGGAAGCCAUAGACAUUGUCGAAGGAAUUAAGGAGGCCACUGUUGUAACCCCUGAAAACCCUGUCCCUAAUGAGCAGUAAUCUUUUAUCUUUUCUACUUUCUUGU